GGUGGUUUCAUGGUUGCUAAAUGCCAUGUCAAAAGAUAUAUCUGAUGCUUUUGUGUUUUGUAAGAACGCAAAGGCUCUUUGGGAUGAGUUGAAACAACGAUACGGCGAAAGUAACGGGCCAAUGAUCUAUCAGAUUGAGCGAGAUAUUGCUGGUUACAAGCAGAGCAACAGUACUGUGACAGAAUAUUACACGAAUUUGAAGAAGAAGUGGGAUGAAUUGUUAUGUUUGGCUCCAUUGCCUGUUUGUUGUGAAACAGGUACUGCUAUUACAGAUUAUGAAAACAAUAGGAGAUUGAUGCAAUUUUUAAUGGGAUUAGGAGAUGAAUACGAUAAUGUUAAAAAUCAGAUUCUUCUCCAAGAUCCGUUGCCACCUAUCAAUAAAGCAUAUUCAAUGAUUAUGAGCGUUGAAAAGCAAAGAGAAGUCCAAACAGAUAGCUCGACUUCAACUGAGACAGCUGCAGUAAUGCUUGCUAGACGAAAUUAUUCAGGUGGUCGAAAUAAUGCUGGUUCUGGAAAUAAUAGGAGCUAUUCUUCUUUCCGUAAAGAAGAAAAGAAGAAACAAUACUGCACUAAAUGUAAGAAUGGAGGUCAUACUGUGGAUGAUUGUUUUCUAAUUCAUGGGUAUCCAGAUUGGUUUCUUACUAUGCAGGAAAAGAAGGGUAUUGAUAUUAGUAAAUACCACAGAGCUAACAAUGUCAUUCGAGGUGCAGUGGAUGAGACCCCUUUGAAAUCAAUAGUGCAGCAGCAAAAGGGAGCAGAAAAUGUUGACAAAGGGAUGGCAGAAUUCUUUCAACAUGAAUUUCAGAAAUUUAUCAAAUCCAAGAGUGGCAGUGCUGAUCAGGAAGAUGGGGAUGUCAGACAAGUGAACUUUGCAGGAUUUACAGACUGAAGAGGUUUUGGCCAAAGGAACUGUCUUUGACGAUCUUUAUUAUUUGACAGCAGACUCUUUUAAUAGAGUUAGUAAUUGUAAUUCUGUUAAUCGUUGUUUUGAGCAUAAUAAACA